AUGAGGGAGAGAAAUAGAGAAAAGAAAUUUCAGCAUACCAUUUCUUCCGAAACAAAUUCUACAACUGAAAUUCCUCAAGAUACCACAUCUACUGUAGCCAGUGACCUAAAAACAAUUCAAUCAGAGUCUAAAACUUCUGUCGAAUCAGAGCAAAUAAUCAUUGAUCAAGUACAAGAUACUAUUUCUGCUGGAAUAGCAGAACUAAAGAAAAUUCCCUAUAACCAGAAAGUAGAGCAAGAUUUAAAACGUGAAUUAUCUGCUUGUAUCAAAAAUAAUA